AUGAAAGGGCUCACUCGCCGGCUCUUCCUGCUGGCCUUUCCUGUUCUACUUCUCGGGAUCGUUUUCGCACCCAAUCCCAAGCUGCUGCUGGGAGACUUUGUUGGAAGACACGUGCAGAUUGCUCGAAAUCUGGCUGGAAUCUUUUUCUUCUUCAUGGUGUUGACGCCAGAGACGGCACAUCCGCAGCUGGCCGCACUGCAGCAUGUCGUGCAAGGGAUGCACGCACACACAGAUUCUCUCGACUCUGUGUCUGCCCUCGAUCGAGCCAUCGACCUGGUUGAUGAUUUCGGAUGGAAUCAUGGCUUCCUCAUCAAUGUCGGCGAUGUCAAGGGCAAGAUUUUGGAUUCUGCAGUGCAGCAAAGGCUCGAUAAUGGUCCUGGAGAACUCAAGCUGGCGGUAGAGCUGGGAACAUUUGUAGGCUACGGCACGCUGCGCCUCGUACGCAUGCUGAACCACACAGGUGCCGAGAUCAUUACAGUGGAUCCCGACAUUUUUGCGUACACGGUGUCGAGCAGCCUUUACGAGCAAGCCCAAGUGAGAAGCCGCAUCACAAUGAAGACCAACUAUUCGUAUAAUGUGUUCGCAGAGCUGAAGAAACAGGGAAGAACAAUUGAUUUCCUCUUUGUCGAUCAUGUGAAGAAGCUGUACCUCCCAGACCUGAAGUUGGCCGUGGCGAGCGGAGUCCUCGCAAAAGGAUGCGUGGUCGUCGGGGACAACAUCCGCUCACCAGGGGCCCCUGACUACAAGAAAUAUCUGCUGGAAGGGGAUGGGAGCAAGCUCUUCAGCACCGAGGUUCAUCGAACUCAUGUCGAGUACUGGAGAUUGUUCCCGGACGAGAUGACCGUCAGCACGUAUCUUGGGUGA